UCAACAACAUGCCGGAAUAUCAGUAUUUGUCUGGAUUCGGUUCCCACUUCACAUCGGAAGAUGCCCGCUUCCCGAACGCCGUCCCCGAGGGACAAAAUUCACCGCAAAAGUGUCCUUACGGGCUGUACGCGGAGCAGCUGUCGGGAAGUGCCUUUACGGCACCGCGUACCGAAAACACGCGCUCCUGGCUGUACCGCAUCCGGCCAUCGGUCGUACAUCAACCGUUCAAGCGAUUCGAAGGAACGGCACCGUUCCUGCGUGGAACCGGUUGGGAGGAGCAGCACCCAAAUCCGAACCAAAUGCGCUGGAACCCGUUCGAUUUGCCGGCUGACGGUGUGGAGGUAGAUUUUGUGGCUGGAUUGCAUACGGUGUGCGGUGCGGGUGAUGUUCGUUCCCGCCAUGGACUGGCGGUACAUGUGUAUCUGGCCAACUGUUCAAUGAAGGAUACGGCAUUCUACAACUCCGAUGGGGACUUUCUUAUAGUUCCCCAACAGGGUCCACUGGACAUUACGAGCGAGUUUGGACGAUUGUACGUGAAACCGAACGAAAUCUGUGUCAUCCCGCAAGGAAUCCGGUUCAGUGUUGCGCUAGAAGGACCCUCCCGUGGUUACAUCCUCGAGGUGUACGAUGGUCACUUCCGACUGCCUGAUUUGGGUCCAAUCGGUGCAAACGGACUAGCAAACCCGCGUGACUUCCUAACACCAACGGCACACUUCGAGGAUCGCUCGGUGGAAGGGUACCGAAUCGUGUCCAAGUACCAGGGAGCACUGUUUGUCGCUACCCAGGGCCACUCACCGUUCGAUGUGGUCGGCUGGCACGGUAACUAUGUGCCGUACAAGUACGAUCUUGCCCGAUUUAUGGUGAUUAAUUCCGUUAGCUUCGAUCAUUGCGAUCCGAGCAUCUUUACCGUGCUUACCUGCCCGAGCAAUCGGCCCGGUACGGCUAUUGCUGACUUUGUUGUUUUCCCCCCGAGAUGGUCCGUGCAGGAGCAUACCUUCCGUCCGCCAUACUAUCACCGCAAUUGCAUGAGCGAAUUUAUGGGACUGAUAUUCGGUCGGUACGAAGCAAAGGAGGGUGGUUUUUUACCUGGUGGAGCCUCACUCCACUCCAUGAUGACACCGCACGGCCCAGAUCAUCGGUGCUUCGAGGGAGCCUCCAAUGCGGAACUUAAGCCGGAACGCAUUGCCGAUGGAACGCAGGCAUUCAUGUUCGAAUCGUCGUUGAGUAUGGCCGUUACGCGCUGGGGUGAAGAAACGUGUCAGAAGCUGGACGCACGGUACUACGAAUGUUGGCAAGCGUUGGAAAAGCAUUUUCACUUGUGAAUGGUAAAAUUGCAGCAUUUAAAA